CUAUACCCACCUCAGCGUAAACUUUUGGAUCGGGUGGCGUUGCCGCCAAGUCUCUCAUGCUUAGUCACUAGCGGAACUGGAUGCCUUGUUGUUACCUGAAAAAUUCGGCACCCCCCGUUUUCCGAGUAAAGGACCUACACUCUUCAGUGUGCCACUGAGAAGAACUACGAAAUCGACGCUUUUAUAUUAACCCACUCCUAUUUGCCCUGUACUUUUCACACCCCCGAAUUCUGAAGUCGGAUUCUCUACGAUUCCUUCUUUCGCGCUCGUCCUUCACCUACUCAAAUAACCCGCCUCAUCUCAAUUGACGGCGGGGUCCACUACGAUAUGGGAGACGGGUCUGAUUAUCCUAGUCCACGAAGCGAAGGUCCUGGCGGGCCUGUAACUGUCCUCGUCACUGCUCAAGAAUCUAUCUCCCCAGCACCAAAGAUGACCGACCAACUGUCUCCAAAUUUCAUGGAUGGAGCUCGUCCGCGACUGUCGGUGAGACGGGCGCGAGAUCCACCCAAGAACCCUGCAGGUCAGAUUUAUUGCGAUCAUCCCGAGUGUCAACACGCGCCUCCGACGUUCCGCCGCCCAUGCGAAUGGAACAAGCACAUGGACAAACAUGACCGCCCUUACAAGUGCCUGGAGCCUGGAUGUGACAAGAUUCAGGGAUUCACGUAUUCCGGUGGCCUGUUGAGACACCAGCGCGAAGUGCACAAGAAAAACAUAAAUGCAAAAAAGCCACUGAUGUGUCCAUAUGCCGACUGCAAUCGCAGCACAGGUAACGGAUUCACGCGUCAAGAGAAUCUGAAGGAGCAUCUUCGACGCCGUCAUAUGCAUACUGAAAAUGGCCACGCGUCAGAGCUACCUAUGGUACCAGUUCCCGAGCUGGACGGUACCGCGCCUCUCCCAGUCACCUCGCCCAUCAAGCGGAAGCGUGACUCGAUUGAUUCCAUUGAAAUUCCUGAAGAAGAAGAAAAUGGCGUUGAUCUACGAAACGAAAUCAAACGACUGCGACGCGAGGCCCAGAUGAAAGAUCGGCGACUGGAAGAGCUGGAAAGAAUUGUUGCAGAGCUGCAACAGAGGAUUCCACAGACUGCAGUAUCGCAGGGUUAGAUGGGCUCAGCAUGCCGGUCUUACGAGAAAUAUCAGUUUGCAAUGCGCGUCCUGAUUUGAAUCUUUUUCUAUUAUUUUCUUUGCCUUUUGUCUGUCUUCAUUAUUUGCUCCU